AACAUCUUCUGGUUCCGCGAAACACAAUUCGAUUAUGUUCGCUAUCUCGGCCAAAGUCGUCAAUACGUACCUGGUCUUUGGCCGAUUGGGGCCCUGAGGGGUUGUUUUGAUUUCAUCUUAGCGUCUGUGGAUUUUCUUCGGUGUGGACCGUCAACUGAGGAGCCCACCGUUAAAACUGCUGGAUCGACCCAGCCUUGAAGUGACUCAAUCAAAUCAAACCUGCCUUCCCCCUGGUGGAGUAGUCUGUCCAGGUGGCCGCCAGUUCAUUUUUCUCUUCUUCCCCUGCCAACUCCGAACCUAGUCUCAAUUUUGCCUUUCGCGUGGUCUGCUCUACUCAUCUGACCGACUGACAACCUCGCCGGCUGCCCACUAUCAAGCAAGGCACGAGCAAACUUUCACUUACCCGGACCGUCGAGGGGUCGAACAUGGCCUUCGGGAACGAGGUCGACAUCACGUCCAAGUCCGCCGAAGGGGGAAAGGGAAAAAUGAUGCCUGGCGGGGAAACGGUCCAAGUUCACACAACGAACCCUUCGCCGGAUCUAAAUGACUUCGAUUGCGAGAAGCAUGGCGCCAACAGCGAGUCCAACCCUUUGCCCCAGCUCAAGCGGAAGCUGAGAAGUCGGCAUUUGCAGAUGAUCGCUAUCGGAGGCACCAUCGGCACAGGUCUCUUCAUCGGUAGUGGUACUGCUGUUGCCAAUGGCGGACCCGUGGGCGCCCUCAUCGCUUAUGCCUUCGUCGGAACAAUCGUCUAUUCGGUCAUGACGUCCCUGGGAGAAAUCGCAACCUACAUUCCGAUUCCGGGCGCUUUCACAGCCUAUGCUGCUCGCUUGGUUGACCCCAGUCUCGGCUUCGCUAUGGGUUGGAUCUAUUGGUUUUCGUGGGCCUCGACAUACGCGCUUGAGCUCACAGCCACAGGGCUUAUAAUCCAAUUUUGGGAUGAUAGCAUCAAUAUCGCUGUCUUCAUCGCCAUAUUCUGGGUCGUCAUCACGCUUCUUAACUGUCUGCCUGUCAGCUUCUAUGGCGAAUUGGAAUUCUGGCUUUCGAGUGUCAAAAUCAUCACAGUCAUUGGCUUCAUGAUCUUUGCGAUCUGCAUUGAUGCUGGCGCUGGAAAGGAGGGCUAUCUAGGCUUCCAUUACUGGGUGCAUCCCGGGCCGUUUUCUCCCUAUAGUGGUGUUUCACCCGAUUCAACCGCUAAGUUUGUUGGCUUUUGGUCCGUACUCAUUCAGGCUGGGUUUGCCUAUCAGGGAACGGAAUUAGUAGGUAUUGCGGCCGCGGAAACUGAAAAUCCCCGCGUAACAGUCCCCGCAGCCAUUCGCAAAACCUUUUAUCGGAUCCUAUUCUUCUUCGUUCUCACUAUCUUUUUCAUUGGCCUUCUCGUGCCAUACACGAACGACGAUCUUCUCACAGAUGGGAAUGACGCCAACUCUUCGCCAUUCGUUAUCGCCGCCAAGCUUGCGGGUGUUCGUGUGCUGCCACAUAUCAUCAACGCAGUCUUGCUGACCGUGGUUCUUUCGGCUGCCAAUUCGAAUGUUUAUAGUGGCAGCCGUAUACUGAUCGGCCUGGCGCAAGAAGGAUUUGCUCCUCGUUGGUUCAAGAAGACCUCAAAGAAAGGUGUACCUUUUUUCAGCGUGGCGUUCACCUCUGCUUUCGGUCUGCUUGGAUUCAUGAACGUUUCCAAUUCUGGCAGUACUGUCUUCAAUUGGUUGGUCAACAUUGCUGGUGUGGCCGGCUUCAUUACCUGGGCCUCGCUCAACGGCUGUCAUCUGGCUUUUAUGCGUGCCCUGAAGGCUCGUAACAUCUCUCGCGAUUGUCUUCCGUAUAAGGCCUUGUGGCAGCCGUACUAUUCUUGGUAUGGUCUGUUCUUCAAUGUUCUUAUUAUCAUCACUCAGGGCUUUACCGCGUGGAUUCCCUCCUUCGAUGUCACGAGCUUCUUCACCGCCUAUAUCAGUUUGAUUCUUUUCGCGGUGCUUUACGUCGGCCAUAAAAUUGUUUACCGGACGUCUUUCGUCCACCCGCUCGAGGCUGAUAUUGACACGGGCCGGUUGGAAUUGGAGAAUGAGACGUGGGAGACAUCUGUACCGACAUCCAGCAAAUGGUACAAGAAGGCUUUCCAUGCGGUCCUUGGAUAAUUUCGGGGCCGGACUAGCUCAUUGACUAGGAGUUUUUGUUUGGCACAGGCGCCCUCUUGAAUGCGUUCUCGUCGGUCGUGGAAUUCUUGGACUGAUAUCUUUUCUUCUUUGCCUAUUAAUUAAGCCCGGCGCAUACAUACUGCAAAGUUCAUGCACAUAUAAAAUUAUCUGGAGUUCUGAUUGCAUUGGGGUGAAAGGCGGGUUUCUUCGCUUAUGACGGACGAUGGUUGAGAAAGCCAUUGAAGAGCCUCAAGUGCUUGCCCUCGGGGCAUGCUACAAAGCCUUAUUUGUGUACAACAUUCAUAUUCUGUUUGGAGGGGAUGUCAGCAUUGGCAUGGCGUUCGGUGCGAGACUUUGCUCUUUGAUCUAUUACUUUCAUAAUGUAUCAUAUAUAUGACUUCCGCCUACGCUGCGU